AUGCAGCCUAGGAUCAUAUUUUGCGCAGCAGUUUCUUUAGCCACACCGGCUGUCAUUCUGCUGGCCUUGCUUUCACCGUUACCCAGCAACAUAUCAAGUCCAACAAAAGACCACACAAGGCCUUGGCUGGCCCUGUCCCUGUACAUUCAACAGCCACAACUCCCAAGCCUGAACCUGAACUCAAACCCGGUGCCCCCGGUUGGUCCACUGGAUGCUGGCAGAGCGCUGGUCUUCCACCGAAAACUCACCGAGGGACCGGAGAACACUUCCCAAGUCGUCGGGAAAGCCCGGGGCUUCAUUGUUCCUGUUGAGCACUUCGCACAUUCUGCAUUCAACCUUCUUUGUCUCACCUUUCAUACUAACGAGUAUUCUGGCAACCUCAGUGUCCAAGCCAAGGACAUAGCUCACAGUGGCAUGCGAGAACUUACUGUGGUUGGAGGAACAGGCUCUUUUGUAUUUGCUCGUGGACUCGCUGCUUUGGUGCGGCAGGGAGAGGACGCAACUUACCAUGUCAAGCCGCAACUCCGGUUCCCCAAUCGAUCUCAUAUGAUACCCGGAUGA